GUACUGCUUGGAGCUUGAUGGUCGAAGCUUCUUACCUUUCUCUCUCUUUCUCCUCAAAUUCUCCAGUAAAAUCGAAUUUUUCUCGGGAAAAUCUUUACUCGUUUUCGGAAGAAGAUGACAGGAGUUGAUGAUGAUAAGGAGCACAAAGAUGAAACUGUGAUUCUCAGCGACGACGAUAGUGAAGAGGAAGUUAAAGGCGGAGGAGAAGAAGGUAGCGACGACGAGGAAGAAGAAGUCGAUGGAGAUGAAGAUGCAAGUGAAGGAGACGAUGAUGAUGAGGAGGAAGAUGACGACGAUGAGGUCCAGGUUUUGCAGUCGUUAGGUGGGCCUCCGGUACAGUCUGCAGAAGACGAAGAUGAAGAAGGUGAUGAGGAUGGAAACGGAGACGACGACGACGGUGAUGACGAUGACGACGACGACGACGAUGAUGAUGAUGACGAGGAUGUCGACGGUGAAGAUGAGGAGGAUCUUGGAACAGAGUACCUAGUGAGGCCGGUUGGUCGGGCUGAAGAUGAAGAGGACGCGAGUGAUUUUGAGCCGGAGGAGAAUGGUGUGGAAGAAGACGUUGAUGAAGGAGAAGACGAGGAGAACGAUGAUUCUGGUGCUGGAAAAUCUGAGGCUCCUCCCAAGCGGAAGAGAGGAGCAGCUGAGGAAGAUGAAGAGGAUGAUAGUGAAGAUGAAGAUGAUGAUAGGCCUCCAAAGAGGUAGUUUCGAAAAACAAAAACUGACAACAAAAACAACAACACGGUUCAAAGAAAGAGAGCAAGAAGAGCUUUAUGGUGGUUUUAAAAAUUUGGAGUCGUGAGAUUGAAUCAUUGGUUGGGGUUUUAUGUAAGUUUAUUAUGGAACAAGUAGUAGUUUAAGUUUAAAGUAGGUUUUUUUUCCUAAAAUAUAUGCAUUGUUGUUUCUUUUUUUUCUUUUUCUUCUUUUUCUAGUGAGUCAAUAACCAAUGUUUCUCGAACGAUUUGCUGUUUAUUAAUUAGAGUUUUUUGGUUUUUUCC